UUAGACUCCUGGAGGCCGGUGGAAGAGAAGGACCGCAGCGCUCCACGUCAGAGACCAAAUUAAAAAAAGAAAACAUGAGUAUCAAUACUCCGACUGGCCGGGCCCUCACCGAGGACCAGUUCACCUGCUCCAUAUGCCUGGAAAUAUUUGUGGAGCCCGUGUCGACACCCUGCGGUCACAGCUUCUGCAAGGCCUGCCUGCAGGGCUACUGGAACCACAGCAAGAAGUUCUCCUGCCCCAUGUGCAAGAAGAACUACUCCAGAAAACCAGAGAUGAGCGUCAACCGGGUCCUGGCCGAAAUAUCCUCCCAGUUCCAGGGUCUGGUGGUCUCUGGCGGUGCCUCGGGAAGCCCCUCGCGAGGCGGCUCAACGACUACGAGCUCAGACCCGGGCCACAGCGGCCCUCCAGCUCUGGACACCGGAGAGUUCGCCCGGCCCGGCGACGUUCCCUGCGAUGCCUGCAUUGGGAGGAAGCUGAAGGCUCUGAAGUCCUGCGUGAACUGCCCUGGAUCCUACUGCGAGGCCCAUUUGAGGCAUCACAAGAAGGUCAAGACUCUAACGUCACAUUUCCUGAUCGAACCCACCUUUCACCUGGAGGAAAAGAUCUGCAAGAAACACGAACGCCUCCUGGAAGUGUACUGCCGCACCGACCACACAUGCAUCUGCAAGGCUUGCGCCGAGGCCACGCACAAAUCCCACGAUAUCAUUUCCGUCGACCACGAGUUUAAGAAAAAGAUGACCAAUCUGGGAAAGAAGAGGUCAGAGUUGAAAAACCUAAUCAAAGAACGAGCCAAGAAACUGGAAGAGAUCAAGCAAUCCAUCAAGGUCAUCAAGGCCAGCUCUCAGAAGGAGCUGGAGGACAGCUGGCAGGUGUACGCCGCGCUGCAGAAGCUGGUGGAGCAGAGUCAGGCCGAGAUGGUGGAGCUGAUCACCACCAGGCAGCGCGAGGCGGAGCGCCACGCCCAGGAGCUGGCCCGGACCCUGGAGAACGAGCUGAGCCAGCUGAGGAGGAGGAGCAACGAGCUGGAGGCCCAUGCGCACACCAAGGACAAAGUGGUCUUCCUUCAGAACCUGGCCACGCUGUCCCACUCGCCCGAGCACAACGAUUGGUCAGGGGUCAGCAUCAACACCGACAUCUACCUGGGGACGCUCUGCUCCUCUGUCGGCGGCCUCAUCGAGAAGUUCCAGGACGAGCUCAAGAGACUUUAUGGGAAAGAGUUCCGGAAGGUGCAGAACUAUGCAAGUGAAGUUAUUUUGGACCCGUCCACAGCCCAAAAGAACCUGGUCAUUACUCACGAAGGUCAGCAGGUGAAAUACGAAGAGCACAAGGUUUCCCACUCGGAGGGUCCGAAGCGCUUCAACCCGGCCCUCUUCGUGCUGGCCCGAGAGGCCAUCCACUCCGGCCGCCACUACUGGGAGGUGGAAGUCGGGCGCAAGACGGCCUGGACGCUCGGCGUGGUGCGCGCCACGGCUCGCCGCAAGGGCGAAAUCAAGCUGAACCCUGAAGGCGGCUACUGGUGCCUGUGGCUGAAGAACGGCGAGGUGAAGGCGCUCGCCGAGACUCGCCUGCCGCUGGCGCUCAUGUCCCAUCCCAGCAAAGUAGGACUUUUCUUGGAUUACGAGGCCGGCCAGCUGUCUUUCUACGACGUGAAGACACGCCAGCACCUCUACACUUUCACGGAUAAGUUCAUCGAGAGCGUGUACCCGAUCUUCAGCCCCUGCCUAAGCCAGGACGGGAAGAACAACUCUCCUCUGGUCAUAACACAAGUUAAGCACACAUGCUGGGGGAGCUGGAGGUGGCAGUGGUCAAAGCUGGUCUCAGAUAUCAGCGCGCAGCGGAGUCUUAAGGCAGCUGCUCCUUGCAGGUCUGGUGCCCCAUUCAAAGGCUGGUUGCUUUUGCUGAAAAUGACCCUGCCUCUCCGCCGUGUAGGAAUGGCUGCCACUGGGAACCUGUCUGAAGAGCAGGUCCACUGCUCCAUCUGCCUGGACGUCUUCACCAACCCCGUGUCCAUCCCCUGUGGGCACAACUUCUGCCAGACCUGUAUCCUGGGAUACUGGAAAACCAGCCCUCUGUAUCAGUGUCCCAUGUGCAAGAAGUCCUUCCACAAACGUCCCGACAUCAGCGUUAACACGGUGCUGAGGGAGAUUGCAGAGCAGUUCAAGCAGAUAAGAGUCAAGAGCACCGAAGUGAAGGGAAGUGGGGAAGAAAGCACAGGUAAGACCAAGAAGUGGAUGAUGGAGAGGAAGGUGAAGGAGGAUGAGGAGAGGCUUCUGGAGAAAGGUCAGAUGCAGAACCUUAUGGAGGAGCUGAAACAAAAGCAAGAAGAGAAGAAAAAGAAGCAGGAAGUGAAGGAGAGUCAAGGGGAGGAGCUACCGCCAUUAAUCCCUCCAGUUUUGCCAUCUAAAGCUUCUCCUCCACCUUCACCUCAAGACUUAGCUCAAGCUCUGCCACGAGAAGCAUCACCUCCACCUUCACCUGGACCAACUUCCCCUGCACUUCCUCAAACGUCCCCAAUAUCCCUGACCCCUCCUCUGCUGUGGGAGGAAGUCCUCUGCGAUGUUUGCCUGGGCGACGGCCGCCCCAAAGCCGUCAAAUCCUGCCUUGUGUGCCUCACCUCUUACUGCGACGAGCACCUCAAGUCUCACUCCACCAGGUUCACCAAGCACAAGCUGAUGGAACCGGUGGCCAACAUGGAGGACAGGAUGUGUCCCAAGCACGAGCGGCUGCUGGAGCUCUUCUGCAAGAAAGACCAGACCUGUGUGUGUGUCCUCUGCACAGAGACAGACCACAGGGCACAUUACACCGUCCCUGUGGAGAGAGAAUGGACUGAGAAGAAGGCAUUGCUGAAAAAGACAGAGAUCGACGUCCAGCAGAUGAUCCAAGACAGAGUGAAGAAGGUGGAGGAGAUCAAGCACUCCUUGGAGGUCAACAAGGUCAGCGCUCAGAGAGAGAUUGAGGAGAGCAUGCAGGUCUUCUCGGAGCUGGUGCGCUCUAUCCAGAAGGCUCAGGCCGAGCUGGUUCUGGUCAUUGAGGAGAAGCAGAGGCAGACGGAGAGGCGGGCCGAGGGCCUCAUCGCCGAGCUGGAGCAGGAAAUCUCGGAGCUCAAGACGAGGCAUGCGGAUUUGGAAAAUGUGAACAGAACUGACCACAUUCACUUCCUGAAGAGUUUUCCAGCCUUAAGCGCCAUCCCAUCUGUUAAAGACUGGUCUGAAACCAGUGUUCCCACAGACACAAGCGUUGGGAUGAUCAGGAGAUCUGUGUCUAAACUGGAGACGGCAUUAAGUGAAAUGAUUGACAAGCUGUCUGCAAGUGAGAUUAAGAAAAUUCUGAAAUAUUCAGUGGACGUCAUGCUGGACCCAGACACUGCCAAUCCAUGGCUCCAGCUCUCUCAGGACAGGCACCAGGUGAGGCACCUGGGGGCCUGGCAGGAACUCCCGGACAACCCUGACCGCUUUGACACCGUGGUCAUAGUGCUAGGCAGAGAUGGCUUCACUUCAGGGAGACACUACUGGGAGGUCCAGGUGGGAGACAAGGAUGACUGGUACCUAGGCGUGGCCAAGGCUUCGGUCAAAAGAAAAGGUAGGAUCUCUGUGAGCACAGCCCAGGGUUACUGGGCUCUGGCCAUGAAGAAAGGCCAGGGCUACCGGGUGUCAACGUCGCCGCCGCUGCUGCUUUCGCUCGACCAGAAGCCAAAGAGAGUAGGUGUGUACGUGGACUGUGAGGAAGGACAGAUCUCGUUCUAUGACGUGAGAGCUCGGAUCCACAUUUACACGUUCGAGGAUGCCUUCACGGAGAAGAUCCUGCCGUUUUUUUACCUGUACUGCUGCGACAAAGCUUCUGACACAAUGGCCAUCUGUCCGGUGCAGGAGAAAAACCUCAUCUAAUAAAACUCAGUUUAGACUUCAUGAUGUAGAUGAAAAUCCUGGCAUAGACUGGAUUUCUGACGCACACCUUAUUUUACUAAAACUGCAUUUUCAUGUAUAAAUGUUGGGUGUAAUACAAAGGGUUGGACGUAAAUGGACAAUUGAGGUGCAUCGAUUAUGUUACGACAGAUGUGACACACUGGUAUGUCUUGUGUUUCUGUCCCCCAAUCAUCCCACUGUGUUGUGUGAAGUGAUUAUCCAACCUAACUAUAGCAUACCAUUGUUCUAUGGACUUACAACUGAAGGGAGUCCAGAUAAUGUGGUACGAGUCACUUGUACUCACAGGCCCAAGUUGUAGCACUCAAAGGCAAUGACGCAAAAGUAACUUUCUAAAAGGCUUGUCAAUUAAUCAAAAGCUUGUUUGUCUGCAGGAAUUUAACAUGCUGUGCAAAAUACUUGUGUACAAAGUUUGAAUUGCACACACAUUUGCCACUACUUUGUUUCUACGUUGUUUUCAGAAACUGCUCAAGAAAAAUAACAUUUUGAAAAAUAGAUCUGCCAGCCACUUUUUUAGAUACACCUGUUCAAUUCAACAGAACACGUCAAACCGGCCAAUCACACGGAUUUUAGGUGAGGAAAACUGAUUCCAAUCAAACUUUGGCGCAGUCGUUGCCAGACAGGUUGGUAGGAGUAUUUUGGAAGAGGCAGCAGUCAAUGUAACAGCAUGGGUUCAUUUCAUGAAAAGUUCAAACUGCUGAAGGUGGAGUUACUGGUGUGGUGGCUGUUUUCUCAGCACACUUUUUUGGUUCCCUCAGUACCAGCAGAACAUUUUUGAUGGCUAGUGGGAUAAUUCCUCAUGUCAUAAAACUCAAAUGUUCUCUGCUUUAGUGAACAGAAUGAGGAGUUACGGUUCCCUAAUGGCCCAAGCCAUCAGCCAUAAGAACGUGAGAACUGGAGAGUCGUAAUGUGGACGUACUCCCAACAGGUCUGCAUCAAUGAUAUGAUCGUGUAAUUUUGGACUGAAACUCAUUGUUUUGAACUAGUGCAAAACCAAACCCCCCUUUAAGUGGAAGGUUUUUGUGUUUUUUCAACACCUGUUGGUGUCUUACUCACUCAAGUCAAAAAGUUUGCAGUGAAAUGCAGGCCUGUUACUGCAUGACACAGCUUGAUGAAUUGACUCUAACAAUUAUUUCCUGGUCGAAACGUUUGCUAUAGCAGGAAAGAGAUGAAUUCCCAGUCAAUAUAGAGUUCCAUAGAACCAUUGUAAAAAAAAAACAACAACAACAAACAAACAAAGAAAAUUUGCUCAAAUCAGCUAAAAAUAAUUCUACAUGCUGGAGUUUGGGAAGUGAAAUUUGCGUGUUCUGAGGUGAUGCAAUGAUGUUACUAAUAUCUGACACAAACCAUGGAAAAGUAGGAGUCAAACCUUACGUUUGGUUAAAUGAACGGGAAAUAAGAGGUGCGUUCCAGAUGACGCAAUGACAGAAUGUUAUUUUUUACACAAUCCCAGGCCUUACAGGUACAUGGAGAUUAUAUUUUGUGAACUUUGCCGUUUUCCCAUUUGGAUUCAAUUCAGUAACUGCAUGCGUGCCAUGAAAAGCAAAGUUCUGCCUUGACUUGUUUGGUCGUAACUUUAAAGUCUGUAGGAUGUAAGAGAAACGUGUAAAACAAUAAAUGCUCUCCAGAACAUCA